AUUAAUUUACAUGUGACCCUCAACUUGUUAUCCAUCCCCAUCCAUCCAGUCACCAUUUAAGUGACCGUUACUACUUAGAACUUGCAAGGACCCAUAUAUACCCACAUUCCCUCAGAUCUCUCUCUCUCUCUCUCUCUCUCUCUCAAAAUAGAAAUUCAUUGUCCUUGGAUCUCCAUUAAUAUAUAUAUUAUUAUUACAUAUUAAUCUCUCUUCUAGCUCCUUCACAUUGAUUAAUUAAUGCUGCUUGUCAAUGGCUGAUCUCAACUUCUACUGUUUCUCUCUCUGGGUUUUCUUCUUCUUCCUCCUCUUCUCGUGUUGUUCAUCAUCGCAUGCACCAUUGCCGGUUGCGAGCUCUCACUAUCAAGGCCUCGAUUCGGUUAAUGCAGUCAGCAGCAACAGCGCUAACGCAUCUGCAGCAGUGCCCAGCAGCAGCCCGAUGGUCGUCGCCGGGCGGCGGCAGCUGCCUCAUCGCCACAAAUGGGUUGGGCCCUCCGGCUACCGUCUCAUCACCGUCGACGCAGGAGGAGCCGGCGAUUUCCUCUCUGUCCAGGCUGCAAUCGACGCCGUCCCCGACAACAACCGCGUGAAUGUUGUCAUUAAGAUCAAGGCCGGAUUUUACAAGGAGAAGGUGGUGGUGCCGGCGACGAAACCGUACAUAACGUUUCAAGGUGAGGGGAGGGAGGUGACGGUGAUAGAGUGGCACGAUCGAGCAAGUGAUCGUGGGCCCAACGGUCAACAGCUUCGCACUUACAAAACCGCUUCAGUCACUGUCCUCUCCAGUUAUUUCUCUGCCAGAAACAUCACCUUCAAGAACACGGCUCCGGCACCAUUGCCGGGGAUGCAGGGAUGGCAAGCGGCGGCGUUCAGGAUAUCAGGGGACAAGGCUUACUUCUCCGGGUGUGGAUUUUACGGGGCGCAGGACACACUGUGCGACGACGCCGGCCGCCAUUACUUCAAGGAGUGUUACAUUGAGGGUUCCAUUGACUUCAUUUUCGGCAAUGGCCGCUCCAUGUACAAAGACUGUGAGCUGCACUCAAUAGCAACAAGGUUCGGAUCAAUAGCUGCGCAAGAUAGGAGGUCACCAUAUGAAAAGACAGGGUUUGCGUUUGUGCAGUGCAAGGUGACAGGGACGGGGCCACUGUACGUGGGACGAGCAAUGGGGCAAUAUUCCAGGAUCGUCUUCUCCUUUACCUAUUUUGACGAUGUGGUGGCUCACGGUGGUUGGGAUGACUGGGAUCACGUUAGCAACAAGAAUAAGACGGCAUACUUUGGGGUGUACAAGUGCUGGGGGCCAGGAGCACAGGCAGUGAGGGGAGUGUCCUGGGCCAGAGAGCUGGAUUUCGAGGCUGCCCAUCCAUUCCUUGUCAAGAGUUUUGUUAACGGAAGGCAUUGGAUUGCACCUGAGGAUGCCUAGCCUUAAACCCCCUCACCCUCAAGUCGUUCUUUUUUUUUUUUUUUUUUUUUCUUCUUUUUGCCCCCAACUUUUUAAAUUCAUUCAUUCAAUAUGUUGCUUCUUUGGAAAAAAAAUUUUGUCAAUUGUGCAUUAAUUUUACAUGUAUGAAAUCUCAAGGGAGUCUUAAAACAGUUUUAUCUUCUUCAAUUAUAUAGAUGGUUUGUUCCCUGACAAA